UCUCUCAUUAAUAUAAUCAACUAAGAAGCAACAUUCUUCAUCCUCUUCAUUCUUCAUCUUCUUCUUCUCUUACUCCGAGAGAUCAGAGAUGGGUUGUUUCAUGGCAUGUUUCGGUUUAUCCAACAAAAGAAAGCGCAAAAAGGCUCUCUACAAUGUUAUUGCUGCAAACCAAAAAUAUGGAAGCUAUGAAGCUCUUGCCAUAAAAGAAAAAGCCAUGAUUCCAUAUUCUGAUUUGAGAAAAAGAGACGAAUGUAAGGAGCAGAAUAAUGUCAAAAGCAAGAAGAAGAAGAAGAAAGUUACAUUUAAUCUGAAUGUUCAGAUAUAUGAGCCUGAUCCCACAGCUUAUAAGGUACUAGAUAAUGAGGAAGAAGAACAUGAAAACAGUGCUGCAGAACCAGCAAAGAAGAACUCGAAUUCACCUUCCGUCUCCGGAGAAGGAUCUGCAUCCUUAACAGUGACAUACCCUCCAAAUUACAGAUAUUAUAACUGCAGUGAAGAUUUCGGCGAGGAAGAAGAUGUAGACUACGAGGAAUCUGACAUCGAUGACUAUGAGGAUGAUGAAGAGUUUGAUGAUGGAUAUGAUUGUGAUGAUGGUAGUAGUGACAAGAGUUUAGAGAAUGAUGAGGCUGACGCAUAUGGUGAAAACAGCAGACAAAAGGAGUUGUCCGAUUUGUCCAACUCUUCUGCGGCCGAAGACAGGACAAGGAAUCAGAUGGCAAUUGAUGCAAGUGGAAGAGACAGAAGCACAAACAUGCAUUCUGUUCUGAGCCCUGUAGAGAACCUAACUCAGUGGAAAGCAAUCAAAGCAAAAGUUCCAUCAAGUAAGCACAGGAGGAAGGAGAACGUUCCAAGCAUACCCUCGACCACCACUGAAGCUUGCUCGAAUUUCUCACCUUGUUUCAGCAUGAAAUCAAGUGUCCUUCAGUCUAAACCUCGGUUGCCUCAAGUUGCAGUUGAUGCUAGUCUCUCAAACUGGUUAAUUUCCCCUAAUUUCAAUGUCUCUAAGACCACGAUUCAUUGUCAAUGAUGAGAACCAUGGCAAUGAAGAAAAAGCAAAAAACACUUGGUAAAUAUUAAUUCAGUGAAAACCAAUUUUAGAGGAGGAAGCAUGGAUUCUUUAUUCUUCUGUGGGUUAUUCAUUCAGCAAACCAUGUGCAAGUUGGGAUGAUUUCAGUUUAUGUUAUUUGUGUGUCUAAUUCUUGGUCGUUUUGUUUUUGUUUGAUGAAUGGUGGUAUGUUUGUGUAACAAUGGAAUUCUUUUCUUUGUUUGGUGGUGAUGUCUACAAGUUUGAGCUAUGUAAUUUCAUGUAUGCUCAAAUCUUAUUUACAGUGAUUACAGA